AGAGAUUUCCCUGCCUGUCUAUCUCUCUCUGUAACUAUAGAGUCAGCGCUUUAAACUUUCUGCAGGGAGGAAAAAGUUUGUUCUGGGACACGUGUGAGUGAGUGAGAGGGAAGCUGGAGUGAUGUUCCCCAGCUUGACUGAUUCCCCUUCAUUCUGAGUCUGCCUCAGCUCCCCCCACUUCUAUCUCUCUCUCUCACACACACACACACACUCUCCCACCUUGAAAGAAAUGGUCGGCGGAGAUGGGAUUGUGCCUGGGAUCCGAGAGUACAGCCGAGGAGCGCCAGGCGCGGCUCCGCAGUGAGAAGAUUGACCGUGUACUGUGUGAAUGUGCCAAGCAGGAGCAGAACAUGGUGAAGAUCCUGCUGCUGGGUGCAGCAGAGAGUGGAAAGAGUACAUUGGUAAAACAAAUGAAGAUCAUUCACAGUCAUGGUUUCACUGAAGAAGAACUUAUAAGUUUCAAGCCUGCUGUCCUGGACAACCUCCUCAGUUCAAUGAAGUUUGUGCUCCAAGGGAUGGGAAUCCUGAGGAUUAAUCUGGCCAACCCCAAGAAUACCAUCCACGCUCAGACGGUACUGUCCUGUGGUCGCUGUUUCGAUGAGGAUUAUGCGCUCUUCCCCUUCAUGUCCCACGCCCUCCGCUUCCUAUGGGCGGACCAGGGAGUCAAACUGGCAGCAUCGCGAGGCUAUGAGUUUGAGCUGAAUGACUCGGCACAUUACUUUUUUAUGAACAUUAAUCGAAUCACUUCACCAGAAUACAAGCCAACACAAACGGAUUUACUGAGGGUUCGGCUACGAACGACAGGUGUCAUUGAAACUCAGUUCAAGAUCAAUAACUUGGUAAUCCGGCUGUAUGAUGUCGGAGGCCAGCGGACAGAGCGGAGGAAGUGGAUUGGCUGCUUUGAGGACAUGAGGGCGGUGUUAUUUGUGGCAGCAUUGAGUGGGUAUGACAUGAAUCUAUUGGAGGAGCCAGCAGUGAAUCGCUUGCAGGAAAGUUUGAGGCUGUUUUCUUCCAUCUGCAACAACAUAUUCUUCAGGAAUACCUCCAUGAUCUUGUUCUUGAACAAAAUUGACCUGUUCCAAGAAAAGAUUUUGCACUCGGGGAGACAUCUCCGCCUGUACUUUGCACAAUAUCGAGGUGCUGAUUGCGAUGUGGAUUCUGCUGCCCGUUUUGUUGCCAGUCAGUUCCUGUCUCUUAACAGGAACCCAGCAAAGUUGAUCUACCACCAUUUCACAACAGCCACCGAUACAUCCAAUAUCCAAGUUGUCUUCCAGGUUGUCAUGGACACCAUUAUAAAAGAAAACCUGCAAGCGGUCUCUCUGCUUUAAUCCUGAUUGGGUGCAGUGGGCACGGUUCUGGGGUAAGAGACAAAGCAUUUCCCCAGAGUCUGCUCUGGCUUGUGACCGGGCCAGUGAAAGGACAGCCCCCUGGACCCUCAGACCAGACUCCCUGCAAUCACAUGGACUUAUCACUGUGUUGAGCUAUUGCGUCCUAGGUGACCUCCUUUAUAGUAAUGGAGAGGGAUUAAUGGUGAAACUCCACAUCAUUUCAAUAUUGUAACCACCCAACCUCCUGUCAGUGAGGGCAUGGAGGGUGCUAUGAAGGAUAUUUAAAGUUCCACAUCUCCACUCUACAAGAGGGGACUGUGGAUUCAAUCAUUCCAGCACAGCCUUGGCAAAAUGAGCACUGUUUGAGGUUUCUGGCAGCCCAGUUCUCCUCUUCCUUCUGCUAUACCUCUAGUUCCUGAUUCCAGAGGUGGCUUUGGCAAUGCAGGCUGCAUUUGGAGGACAAUUCCAGUGACGUUUCAUUGGAUAAUGCCUGGGGGGAGACCAUUUACUGUGACAAUCAGGCCAAACCCGUCAAACAUUGAGAUUUUCUGUGAUGGUACAAUACCGUGAACCAAUAUGCAGUCCUACAGACAAUUCCCACCAACUCUGAUUAUAAACUACAGUCAUCGCUCUCUCUGGGGUAGGGGAGAGGCAAGGCUUUCAGUCUCCUGAUUUACUGAUGUUCUAGUUUGUUGCUGCCUAUAGUUCAAUCCUUUCUUAUGAAGGGAGUUUCAGUAUGUUAUGGAAAGCUGUCUCAAUAUAUUUUGUUAUAUUGUUAAUAUUGAAUGACAAAUGUUGCACUGGUGUAUGUUCAGAAUAAAGUAGUUAAUGCCCUUAAA